CUCACGCUCGCACUCGUAUAUAAACUUGCGUUUCCCGGCGAUUUGUGAGAGACACAAAACAAUAACAACAACAAUCCCAAUAGCGUUCUCUAGGAAAAUUUUCCCUUUCCCAUAAAAUCCCCGAGAUUUUCCGAGAAAAUAAGAGAAAGAAGGACGAAGAGAGAGCUGUGAUCUAAGAGUGGCUCUCUUGGUCUGAGUUUCCGAUAAAUGGUGUAUAUAGGUGUGUCGGAGGAGAGAGAGAGAGUGGCUGCUAAGUCCAUGGCGAUGGGUUCUGAGAGAACAAAGCCUCUGCACAAUUUCAACUUGCCGUGGGAUUUGAAGUGGGGGAACCAGAAGCACCUAAGGUGCAUGAAGGUGAGCUCCGACGCCGGCGGUAGUACCGGAGAAGCCUCGGCCGUUGAUCGGCGAUCUUCGGCUCAGAGAUUGGAGAGUUCGGUGAUGAUGACUCGGCGGAGGGAAUCGGAGUUUGAGAAGCGGAGGUUUCGGGCUCCUCGGCCGAGGAUCGAAAACGACAACGCAGAGGAAGGGAUCGAGGCGGUUAGGGAGAAGCUCAUGUUUGAUCUCAAAACGGCGGCGGAUAAGAUGAAGGACGCGAUUUUGAGGGAGGAGGAGGUGGCGGUGGCGGCUGCGGAUACUGACAUGGCGGCGGAUGGGGAGGAUGUUGAGAUGGCGGAGGAGGGGGAAUCAUCGCCUGCGGCGGCGGCAGAGGUCAGGCCGUGGAAUCUGAGGACGAGGAGGGCCGCGUGUAAGGCUCCUCUUGGUGGUGGUGGUGUGAAGGGGUUGAGAAUCGAGGAGAAGAAGGCGAAUUACUCGCCGUUGAGGAGUGAGGGUAACAAUGGCGUGAAGUCGCCGAGGCCGGUCAGAGGGGCUUCAGGUUCGGGUUCGGGUUCGGGUCCGGAGAAGAAAGAGAAGGAGAAGGAGAGGGUCAAGUUCGCAGUGUCGCUUACCAAGAAGGAGAUCGAGGAGGAUUUCAUGGUGAUGCUCGGCCACAGGCCUCCCCGCCGGCCAAAGAAGCGCCCAAGAAAUGUUCAGAAGCAAUUGGAUACGUUGUUUCCGGGGAUGUGGUUGACGGAGGUCUCAGCUGAGACGUACAAGGUUCCUGAGUUCCCUGAAACUGCCAAGAGGUAGCAGUGGGAGUGAAUGAUGGCUUCUGUGGAAUGUUUCAAGGCUCUGUUUUUCUGACUGCUGCUGCUUGCAACGCUAAUUAGUGGGUAUACCACACACAUGGGAGUUUGAUGAAAAUUGAAAUCAUCAAAUCCCCCUACUGGUGAAUGUUCAGUUGCUUUGGAACGCUAAUUUUGUUUGUUAAUUAUAAUUCAUCUUUCUUCUUUUUCUGAAUAAAUGUAAAUAAAGGAAAUCUGGGCGGAUGCUGUUAUAUGGAAAACAACUUUUGUG